AUGUCCCAAGACAAGUCAUGGGGCCGUUCAAGAGCAUGUCUGCUCGAAGUUGGAGUAAGACGAGGUGAUCGGCGCAGAUGCAAAGGAGGUGGGGUGAGCCGAGGGGGGAAGGGCGGGAGCGCUGGGGCGGUCCCGAGGCGGGUCGCGCAUUCCGCCGCGCGCCGUGAAGCCGGCGAGACGUGUCGCGUGCGGGCCAUGGUCGCGAGAACCGAUGAGAUGUUCGGGUGUUACGGUGACAGCUACUCGUACCGCCUGUGGAGCUUGGCCAACGUGUGGGGCUGCCGCUGUGAGUAG